AUGACGAACUCAAUGAAGAGCGGGAUCAGUCCCUCUUCGAGUCACUCAACAGACAAUCAUCAGGACAAUCAACUCAAGAGGAUCGGAUUGAAAACAUUCGGUGGUAAACCUGAGCAGUGGAAGGAAUUCAGUGACCUUUUCCAGUCACUGGUUGCGCAGAAGAUCUCAAUCCCUCCAGUGCAGAAGCUGGUCAGGUUAAAAGAAUGCCUAAAGGGACCAGCAGCAGCAUUAAUUUCCACCUUCACCGCCACGUCCGAAAAUUACGAGAAGGCGUGGCAGAAGCUGAGGAGGAAAUACGAAGACCCAAGGCUCGUCGCUCAGACACUUUUCAACAGGAUCCUCAACCUCCCCAAGAUCACCAAGGUUACCUCAGAGAAACUCACCGCCAACACAGCAGCAGCCUCGGAGACCUUGGAUCAGCUCCAGGAGGUUGAAGGCCUAUCUCAGGAGAACCUCGUUGAACAGCUGAUAGCACAUGUUCUCAGACAAUCACUGGAUGAGGAGACAUUAAAGCAAUGGGAACUCAAACUUGGAGACUCCAAGGAUUUCCCAAGCCUUCAGGAAUUUGCUACCUUCAUCGAGUCUUGCGCCAGGGGAAUCAGCGCAGGAAAAUCUUUUCAUUCAUCACAGGAACUCAACGCAAAGAAGAAGAAAUCAUCGAUGAAAAAGAGUUCGUACGCAGCAGCCAGUCAACAACCUCAGGAGGAAAAGAAUCCCGAUAGACCUCUCCCACGAACUUGCUGCGCAUGUUGCAAUGAGAGGCACUUUAUCUCAGACUGUCCCAAAUUCAACCAGAUGACACCACAAAAGAGGAACGAGUUUGUGGUCGCCCAUGGCCUCUGUUUCAACUGUCUGGGACCACACAUCAAAUCAAGGUGCACCUCCAAGAAGACAUGUCACAAGUGCAAUGGAAGUCACCACACGCUGAUUCAUGGCGGCAGCAGAUAUACCUCGGGAUCAGAGCCUGCACAGCACACACCAGUCCCAUCAACGAGUCAACUCACUGCUCUCAGGCCAACAACCGACGUUUUGCCAAAGGAGAAAAACCUCAGUACAUCAACAGCAGCAGUGAACAUCAACAAUCAGCAGAUUAGUGAGAGGGCAGAGAACAAUAGCCAGUCAGCAGAGUCUGAUCAACAAUCAGUGCUGUUAGCAACAGCAAAGGUACGAGUACAAUCACCAAAGGGAUUCAACAUCGAAGCCAGAGCGUUAAUUGACCAAGGCUCAGAGAUCUCAUUCAUCUCCGAUCAAUUAGCGUGUCAACUACAUCUUCAGAGAACAUCAACAACACUGGAAUCAAUCGGAAUUGGCGAGAUUAAUUCCGGAAACACGAAGGAAAUGGUUUCGGUCAUCAUCGAGGCACUCAACGGGCAGAAUGCAGUCAAGAUCAUCGCCCACAUUCUAAAGAAACGGCAAUAUUGCCAUCAUUCCCCCAUCAUGCUCCCUGCAAGACCUCCACCUAGCCGAUCCUCACUACUUAAGGCCUGGACAAAUCGACAUAAUAUUAGGGGCUGA